CACAGCCCAUCACAAUAGAAUGAUGGUCCUGUUCUCCUUGUCACAUUUCCUGCUUGCCUUGCUCAGUCUAAGCACCUUGGUGCACUCAUGUCGCCCCUCUGUAUGGGCUGUCGGACUCAAAGGAGAUCAGACACUUGACGGUCACCUUCGCAUCGUAGGCCGCCCGGUCGAUAUUCAAGAACGCAGACUGGACAUCAAUGGAUACACGGCUUCCAUCCAGGACGACAACAAGGUGAUGCUCGAGGCAAUUCGCGAUGAUCCCAGCGUUGGUUUCGUGGUCAAGGUUCCUUCGAACUAUUUCCGCAAGUUCGAUCAGUUCAUCGAGACUGAACCGGAUUGGGAUGAGGAUGAUCGCGAGGAUUACCAGCAUAUGCUACAGCCGACGUAUCAAUGGGGCCGAUUGUACAGCCGAGACCCAGAGAACAUCGAGUCGGGAGGAAGUACGCUCGAAACAGAAGGGUGCCUCUACAAUGGGAAAUCCGACUUGAAGAUGGUUACNAGCCUUGAUGCUCACAUCAACCUCAUCACUCAUUUCAACCCAAAUUCGGUGUUGAUCAGUCCAGAAGGUAUCAAGAACACGUAUUCUCUCACGUUCAAGUCCGAGGAACAGGAAAGGAAGUCCUUACCAAUAAUUCACAAUGAUUCUCGUGUCGAGNNGGAAAUCUGGCCCAGUCGUUGUCACCAGAAUGUGAUCAAGGACUGGAUCAGAAUAGAUGGAGAGGAUAUCCUUGACUGGGAAGAUGGAUGUGUCUUUCGUUUAGGUUAUCGACAGUGGAACAAGCCGGUUGUCAGCAUACCAAGCAAGCCUCCGACAAUGACACUUCAUCCCAAGAUACGCAGCCUGCGUUCGAAGGCACUCAAGACCCGCUACCAGAACCAUCCACGGAAACCAACUCCAGCUCCGAUUGUGUAUUCUUGGGAAGCAAAACUUGCAAAGGACAAGGAGGAACAAAUGCACAGGUGGUUGCUUGAGCAUGAGCUGUGGAAGAAGCAAGCGCAGUAUCAUCAGUCACAGCAGCUUCAGAAACUCGCAAAGAUGAAGGAUGAUGAAAAGAAAAGAGGGAUCGGAGGAGAGGGUGCCUGCAUUAGGCAGGGAGGUGGAAGCGGUGUC